CAAGGAACUUCUGAUCCUUACAUAUUUUAUUAUUAGAAAAAUUAAAAAACACUUCAGCGUUGCAUUAUUGACGUUUCUUUGUACAAAACAGAGCAUAAGAGUAUACUCUGUUUCAGCUCCUUCCUCAUCUUGAGAACAAUGACCACUUUCAUCUUAAUUAUCACAUGCCUCUUUUUACUCAUUUGUUACUCUUUCUUCUUCAAGAAACCAAAGGAUGGCUUUAAAUUGCCUCCAAGCCCUCCUUCUUUGCCAAUCAUUGGUCAUCUUCACUUUCUUCUCUCUUCUUUAACCCAUAAGUCCUUACAGAAACUCUCCUCCAAGUAUGGACCUCUUCUCCAUCUUAGAAUCUUCAAUGUCCCUGUAAUCUUUGUUUCCUCGGCCUCAGUGGCCUACGAGAUCUUCAGGGCGCAUGAUAUCAACAUCUCGUUUCGUGGCAACCCUCCGAUAUAUGAGUCUCUCUUGGUCGGAUCUUCCGGAUUUUUCACUGCUCCUUAUGGAGAUUAUUGGAAGUUCAUGAAGAAGCUGAUCGUCAAGAAGUUUCUCGGACUGCAUGCACUCGACCGGUCACGAGGAAUCCGUGCAGAUGAGCUAAGACGGUUCUACAUGAGCCUUCUCGAUAAAGCAAUGAAGAAUGAGAGCGUUGAGAUUGCUAUGGAAGCAAUGAAGCUCACCAACAACACCGUAUGCAAGAUGAUCAUGGGGAGGAAUCUUUCCGAGGAGAAUGGUGAGGCAGAGAGAGUAAGAGACUUGGUGACCGAGUCGACUGCCUUGACAAUGAAGAUUUUUGUGGCGAACAUGUUUCAUAAACCCCUUAAGAAGCUAGGAAUCUCAUUGUUUAAAAAGGAGAUAAUGGGUGUUUCUUGCAGAUUCGAUGAGGUGCUAGAGAAGAUUCUUGAGGAACACGAAGAGAAACUGGAGGAGGAUCACGAUAUGGACUUGUUGGACAAGCUGUUAGCAUCUUACCGAGAUAAAAACACAGAGUAUAAGUUCACUAGGAACCACAUCAAGUCUUUGUUCGUGGAUCUACUCGUCGCAGGCACUGACACUUCGAGACAUGCAACACAAUGGACAUUGGCAGAGAUUAUUAAUAAUCCUAAAGUUCUUGAGAGAUUGAGAGAAGAAAUCGAUACCGUGGUAGGGAAGACAAGGUUGAUUCAAGAAACAGAUAUACCAAAGCUCCCUUAUUUGAGUUCUGUGGUUAAAGAAGGGCUGAGACUGCACCCACCAGGGGCUCUCUUUGCAAGGACCUCCCGAGAAGGAUUUAGGAUCAGAGGUUUUUACGUACCGGAGAACACGCCGCUUGUUGUUAGUGCUUAUGCUGUGAUGAGAGAUCCUGAUUCUUGGGAAGAUCCUAAUGAAUUUAAGCCGGAGAGGUUUCUUGAUUCGUCGAGAUCAGGAGAAGAAGAUGAGAGAGAGCACGCGUUUAAGUAUAUUCCUUUUGGCGGUGGAAGGAGAGGCUGUCCUGGAGUAAACCUAGCGUACAUCUUUCUAGGAACAGCAAUAGGAGUGAUGGUGCAGUGCUUUGAUUGGAAAAUCAAGGGAGACAAAGUUAAUAUGGAAGAGGCUCCUAGAGCAUUGGUCUUGACCAUGGCUCAUCCCCUUAAUUGCAUUCCUGUUUCUCGAACUCCAUCUUUAUUUUCGAACAUGCAGAUUUAGUUCUUGACUUGGAGAUGGUUACAUACAUGCUGAGAAAACUGAAUGCAUGUUUAUAUAUAAACACUUUAAUAAUUUUAUUAGUGUUAUAAAUUGUAAAUUCCUUAAAAGAAUCUCAUUUUACUGCGUGGUCAAUUGUUUGGAGAUGCAUCCGGAAGAUGAAGAACAAUGGAACAAGCCAAACAAUCUCACAUAUUGCCAAAGCCAUGGCUCUAUAUACUCUGUUUAGUUUGUAGACCAAAAAAAUAAAAGGUUUUCUUUAUGUUUCCAACUUAUAUGUAGA